AUGAGCGAAGCGACUGGGAACUCUGCUGCAAAGGCAGUAAAUUCAUAUGUUGGCAGAAAUAAAGAUUCAGUUGAAGGUGGACCGCGUGCGCAGACGGAUGUAACGGAUUGUGAAUUAUUUAAAAGGCAGCAAAUUAAGCAGCAGCAACAAGAACAAAAGCAAGCAGUACGUCAAUUGCAAGUGACAGCCAAUAAGCAGGAACAACAAAAACAACAGCCGCAACAACAACAAAACGUUAACGCAUCGAGUGCUAAUCAAGGUAGUGCGACAAAAACAGUGCAAACAAUCGGCAAUAGUAGUCAAAAUUACGGCCAAACGUCGACGGCAACGAUUCAUUUAAAUCAGCAAAACAACAACAAUACGAACACGAACGCGAACGCGAGUGCAAGCGCGAAUUUCACGCGACCAGCGCCAAAUACUUACUUGUCGAACGUGAGUUUUAACGCAAACGCGAGUGCCAAAGCCAACACCUACGCCGAACGCGAUCAAUACAACAUCAACAACAACAGCAACAAUAACAAGUCCAUAAAUUAUCCGCCGCCGGACAACAGUGCAGGAUACUACAGUCCAGCAGUGUCUGGCUAUCCACGACCGCAGCAAACAACCGCGUACAGCAACAACAACAACAGCGACUACGAUUACUAUCAACAGCCAUCCGAUUACUACCAACACCAAGAACCGUACGACGAGAACUUCGACGAAGACAUGGAGGCCGAACGUGAUCUCGCCGAGGACGCGCAAUGGAAGAAGAUCCAACAGAACACCUUCACACGUUGGGCCAACGAACAUCUGAAGACGAUCGAUCGCAACAUUAACAACCUGGAAACCGAUCUGUCCGAUGGUUUGCGCCUGAUUGCGCUGAUCGAGGUGCUAUCGCAGAAACGUAUGCCCAAAUACAAUAAACGUCCAACAUUCCGUAGUCAAAAAUUGGAAAACGUUUCGGUGGCGUUGCAAUUCCUCGAACAGGAGCACAUCAAGAUCGUCAAUAUCGAUUCCUCUGACAUCGUCGAUUGCAAACUGAAACUGAUUCUCGGCUUAAUAUGGACGCUCAUUUUACAUUACUCCAUUUCAAUGCCACAAUGGGAUGGCGAAGAUGAAAGUCAAGUGAAUGGCUCGGGUCCAACGCCCAAACAAAGGCUACUCAACUGGAUCCAUACUAGAAUCCCGGAUAUGCCCAUUAACAACUUCACCAACGACUGGACCACCGGUAAGGCGGUUGGUGCUUUGGUUGAUGCCUGCGCGCCCGGUCUCUGUCCUGACUGGGAGAUGUGGGAUCCCAAGGAUGCUGUACAGAAUGCUUCCGAGGCCAUGGGUCUCGCCGAUGACUGGUUGAAUGUGCGUCAACUGAUCAAACCCGAGGAAUUGGUUAAUCCCAAUGUGGAUGAACAGUCGAUGAUGACCUACUUGUCGCAGUAUCCAAAUUCUAAGUUGAAGCAAGGUGCCCCGUUGCGUCCCAAGACCAAUCCAAAUAGAGUACGUGCUUAUGGUCCUGGCAUUGAACCGAUCGGCCCUGUGGUGGGUGCACCAGCCAACUUUACGGUGGAGACUUUCUCCGCUGGCAAAGGUUCCGUCGAUGUCGAUAUCGUUUCGCCAAAUGGUCAAAUCGAAAAAGCCGAUGUACGCUUCAACAACGAUAAGAAUUUGACCUACUCCAUCUCAUAUAUACCCAAAGCUGAGGGUGAACAUAAAGUGUUUGUGAAGUUCUCUGGUCGUGACAUACCGAAGAGUCCGUUCCCCGUUAAGGUGGAAGGUCAUGCCGGUGAUGCUUCGAAGGUUAAAGUUACUGGACCCGGCAUACAGCCAGCUGGUGUUACCAUUACUAAACCGACUUUCUUCGAUAUUGAUGCUAAAGACGCUGGACGUGGCGUACCCGAGGUGAUCAUCAUCGACCCGGCCAACCACAAGACAUCCGUGGCGGCUAAGGUACGUCAAUUGGAGAACGACGUGUGGCGUUGUGAAUAUGUCGCCUCCACGCAAGGUCUACAUUCAGUUAACGUCUUCUAUGCUGGCAGUCCCAUACCGAAUAGCCCCUUCCCGGUGAAGGUAGCGCCGCUUUCUGAUGCGCGUAAGGUACGCGCUUCGGGUCGCGGUCUGCAGGCGAACGGUGUACGCGUUGGCGAUGAUGCCGACUUCAAAAUUUAUACCGAAGGAGCUGGCGAAGGUAUACCGGAGGUACGCGUGAUCGGACCCGGUGGUGCUAAUCAAAAUAUUGCCUUAACUAAAAUUGAUGGUUCUACAUACGAGUGUCACUACUUCCCCACUAAAGAGGGUCGCUAUGUUGCUAUGGUCACAUUUGGUGGCCAAGAGGUGCCAAAAUCGCCUUUUGAAAUUAAGGUUGGACCUAAGAAGGAGUCUUCCAUUGUCGCCUAUGGUCCCGGUUUGAGUGGCGGUAUUAUCGGUUAUCCCGCCGCUUUUGUUGUGGAAACUAAUGGCGAAACUGGCGCACUCGGCUUUACUGUGGCGGGUCCAUCACAAGCAGAGAUCGAGUGUCAUGAUAAUGGUGAUGGCUCUGCAUUGGUCAAAUACCAUCCAACUGCUGUUGGCGAAUAUGCAGUGCAUAUUUUGUGCGAUAAUGAAGACAUACCCAAGUCACCGUUCAUUGCACAGAUCUUGCCGCGCACAGAUUUCCACCCUGAACUGGUGAAGACAUUUGGCCCCGGUUUGGAGAAGAACGGUGUAACAAUUGGUAAACCACAAACAUUUACGGUGGAUACCUCCAAGGCUGGUUCAGCGCCCUUGGAAGUUGUGGUCGAGGAUGUGUAUGGAAAGCGGGUACCGGUAGAUAUCAAAAAUAAUCCAGACGGCACAAAGACUUGCACAUAUAUACCAACUUCAGGUGUACCGCAUACGGUUGAAGUCAACUACGGCAGCGUGGCUACACCCAAUGCCCCCUACCGCGUCUACGUUGGCGUCCCAAUCGAUGCCAAUAAAGUACAGGCAUUCGGUCCCUGGUUGCAGCCUGGCGUGCGCCCUAACGCACCCACACAUUUCAAUGUGGAUGCACGUGAUGCCGGCGAUGCCGAGCUGAAGGUGAAGAUCGUACACGAGGAGACUAAAGUGGAAGUGCCAAGCCGCAUUAUCGAUAACGAAGACAACACCUACACAGUGGAGGUCAUACCACCCACCAAGGGUGCCUACACCACCACCAUGACUUAUGGCGGUCAACCUGUCCCGCUCGGCCAGAAGGUGCUUGUGGAGCAAACUUUGGAUGUUACCAAGAUCAAAGUUGACGGUCUCGAACCAACUGCACCAUUGAAUAGCCUCCAGCAGUUCCGCAUCAUUACGCGUGGCCUGCCGAAAGCGGAUCUCGCCGUCACCAUUACCAGUCCAUCGGGCAGUCGCAUACGCGCGCACGUCAUACCCACCGCUGAGGGAUUCCUCGUCAAUUUCACACCCACCCAACUGGGUGAAUACCUGCUGAGCAUCUGUUUCGGUGGCACACCGAUCGCGCCACGCCCAUUCCGCCUGCAAUGUCUCAGCGGCAGUGAUUCGAAUAAAGUGCGCGCUUUUGGACCCGGCCUUGAACGUGGUCUGGUAGCACAACCAGCUGAGUUCAUAAUAGACACACGUGGCGCCGGUCAAGGUGGACUUGGUGUGACCGUAGAGGGUCCCUGUGAGGCUGCGAUUAAUUGCCGCGACAAUGGCGAUGGCACAUGCAAUGUCGCCUAUCUACCGACCGAAGCCGGCGACUAUACUGUGAACAUCACAUUCAACGAACGUCACAUCAGCGGUUCACCAUUCCAGCCGGUCAUCAUGCCACUGCCGAAUCUACAAAACACGCGCGUGAGUGGUAUUGGCAUACAACCACAUGGCGUCAUUAUGAAUGCACCCACGGAUUUCAUGGUUGACAUGAGCAAAGUUGGCAGCGACAUCGACUCAACGAAACUCUCCUGCGCCAUCUUCGAUCCCAAGGGUAAUGUGCUGCCUAGCAAGAUUGUUUCGGGUCCAUCCGAUGACAUUUUCCGCGUCGCCUAUACACCCUUCGAGGCUGGUCGUCACACCAUUGAGCUGCUCUACGACAACAUUCCCGUGCCUGGUUCGCCGUUUGUGGUGCAUGUGAAGAGUGGUUGUGAUCCGUCACGUUGCAAAGCUUACGGUCCGGGAUUGGAGAAAGGUCUGACGAAUCAACAAAACAAAUUCACGGUAGAAACACGUGGUGCUGGCAAUGGCGGUCUAUCGCUGGCCAUUGAGGGUCCAUCCGAAGCGAAAAUGACCUGCACCGACAAUCGUGACGGCAGCUGCGAUGUCGAGUAUUUGGCGACAGAUCCUGGCGAAUACGAUAUCACUAUACGUUUUGCUGACAAGCAUAUACCCGGCUCACCGUUCCGCGUAUUGGUCGAAGAGACUGUAGACCCCAGCAAGGUGAAAGUAUACGGACCCGGCAUUGAGCAUGGCGAAGUGCGCGAAAGUGUGCCAACCUACUUCAAUGUAGACGUCAGCGAGGCCGGACCUGGACGCAUAGCCGUCAAAUUGACCAACUCUGAGGGCAUACCUGUGGAUAAUCUGCGCGUUGAAGAUAAGAGCAAUGGCAUAUACGCGGUGCACUAUGUGCCGCCCAAACAGGGUUCAGUGCUGACGUGCCAAGUGAAGUUCGCCGAUGAAGAGGUGCCAUGCAGUCCCUUCGUAAUGACCGUCUUCCCCAAAUCGGAGGCCACUAAAGUAAAAGUUAAGGGCGUCAAUGAGAAGAAGAAAACACCUGCUUCACUACCAGCCGAAUUCGAGAUCGACACCAAAACGGCCGGUCAAGAUGACAUUAAUGUCGCGAUCAAGAACCCGAAAGGUAAACAAUUAGCACCACGCAUGGAAGAAGUCGGCAGCGGUACAUAUGUUGUGUCAUUCGUGCCCGACGAAUGUGGCACCUAUCACGUGAGCAUCAAAUAUGGCGAUAAAGAUAUUGAAGGAUCGCCAUUCAAACUCGAAGCAUUCCCCACGGGUGAGGCGAAGAAGUGCAAGCUGGUCGAAGAGGCGCCGAAAAUACAAGCGUCGGGCAGCAAGAGUCACCUAACGGUGGAUGCGCGCGACGCGGGCGAUGGCGCGGUCACAUGCAAGAUCACCGAUCACAAAUCCGGACGUGAAAUCGUUGACAUCGAUGUCUUGGAGAAGGAUGGCUUCUUCGACAUUUUCUACGCGCUCAAGGAUCCCGGUGAUUAUGAUAUCAAUGUGAAAUUCGGCGGCAAGGACAUACCCAAUGGUAGCUUCGCCAUAAAGGCUGUUGAAAGCAUCGAGGAAUAUAGCCAUAGUCAUAGCGAAUAUAUCGAAGAGCAUACGAAGAUUGUAACACAGACAACUGAAUCGAUCGCCAGUGAAAGAUCUUACAGAGCAGUCGCUUUCGAGAAAUUACCGUUACCCACUACCGGCGGAAACGUUGUUGCCGAAGUCAAAAUGCCCAGCGGUAAAGUUGACAAGCCUGUCAUUCAAGACAAUCGUGAUGGUACAGUGUCAAUCAAAUAUGAACCCAAGGAGGAGGGCACACACGAGCUGGUCGUGAAAUACAAUGGCGAGCCCGUACAAGGUUCACCUUUCAAAUUCCACGUUGAUUCCAUUACAUCUGGUUAUGUGACUGCCUACGGACCAGGUCUGACCCAUGGUGUUACCGGUGAGCCCGCUAACUUUACCAUUUCAACUAAGGGCGCCAGCGCUGGGGGACUCACCAUGGCAGUGGAGGGACCCAGCAAGGCUGAUAUCAACUACCAUGACAACAAAGACGGUACGGUGUCGGUACAAUAUCUGCCCACUGCCCCUGGUGAAUAUCAAAUCUCCGUACGUUUCGGUGACAAACAUAUCAAGGGUUCACCGUACUUUGCCAAAAUUACCGGUGAGGGUCGCAAACGUAAUCAAAUUUCGGUCGGUUCCUGUUCGGAGGUCACCAUGCCCGGUGAGAUUACCGAUGAUGAUUUGCGCGCAUUAAACGCUUCCAUACAAGCGCCAAGUGGUUUGGAGGAACCGUGUUUCCUUAAGCGCAUGCCUACCGGUAACAUUGGUAUCUCGUUUACACCACGUGAGAUCGGUGUGCAUAUGGUGUCGGUGAAGCGCAUGGGCACACAUAUUACCAACUCGCCAUUCAAGGUCGAUGUUUGCGAACGCGAGGUGGGCGAUGCAAAGAAAGUUAAGGUUUCCGGUACGGGUUUGACGGAGGGUAAAACACACAUCGAGAAUGUUUUCGCCGUGGAUACACGCAAUGCCGGUUAUGGUGGUCUGUCCGUAUCAAUUGAGGGUCCUAGCAAAGCGGAAAUCCAAUGUACCGAUAAAGAUGAUGGUACCCUAAAUAUUUCAUACAUGCCCACGGAGCCAGGCUACUAUAUUGUGAAUCUGAAAUUCGCCGAUCAUCACGUCGAAGGCUCACCGUUCACUGUAAAGGUCACUGGUGAGGGUAGCAAUCGUAAACGUGAGAAGAUCCAACGUGAACGCGAUGCUGUGCCGGUGACCGAGAUCGGCAGCAAGUGCAAGUUGACUUUUAAGAUGCCCGGUAUCACAUCGUUCGACCUAAUGGCCUGUGUAACUUCGCCAAGCAAUGUGACUGAAGAUGCCGAGAUUCAAGAAGUUGAGGAUGGACUCUACUCAGUGCAUUUUAUACCGAAGGAGUUGGGCGUACACACCGUUUCCGUGCGCUACAAGGACAUGCACAUCCCCGGCUCACCGUUCCAGUUUACAGUAGGUCCUUUACGCGAUUCUGGCAGCCAUUUGGUUAAGGCCGGCGGUUCGGGCUUGGAGCGCGGUAUCGUUGGCGAAUCAGCUGAGUUCAAUGUAUGGACACGUGAAGCUGGUGGUGGCUCGCUGGCCAUCUCCGUAGAAGGUCCCAGCAAAGCUGAAAUCGACUUUAAAGAUCGCAAGGAUGGUUCAUGCGAUGUCUCCUAUAAGGUUACCGAGCCCGGUGAAUAUCGUAUCGGCUUGAAAUUCAAUGAUCGCCACAUACCUGACUCACCAUUCAAAGUAUACAUUUCCCCCGACGCCGGUGAUGCGCACAAAUUGGAAGUGCAACAGUUCCCACAAGGCAACAUCCAAGCCGAUGCUCCCUAUCAAUUCAUGGUACGUAAGAACGGCGCCAAGGGCACACUCGACGCCAAGAUCGUUGCACCAUCUGGCACCGACGACGAUUGCUUCAUUCAAAGCAUCGACAGCGAAAUGUAUUCGGUACGUUUCUAUCCACGUGAGAACGGCAUUCAUGCCAUACACGUCAAGUUCAACGGCGUACACAUACCCGGUUCACCAUUCAGAAUCAAGGUUGGCAAGGAUGUGGCCGAUCCAGCUGCCGUACACGCCACCGGCGCCGGUUUGGAUGAAGUAAAGACUGGCCACAAGGCCGAUUUUAUUAUAAACACCUGCAAUGCCGGUGUCGGCACGCUAACCGUUUCGAUUGACGGCCCCUCAAAGGUUGCCAUGGACUGUACCGAAGUGGAGGAGGGCUACAAAGUGCGCUACACACCACUGUUGCCGGGCGAUCACUAUAUUUCAAUCAAAUACAAUCACAUGCAUAUUGUCGGCUCACCGUUCAAGGUGAACUGUAUCGGCGACAAACUGGCCGAUGAGGGCGCACAGGAAACCUCCACCGUGUCUGUUGAGACGGUACAGAAGUUGGCCAAGGGCGGCAAGAACGUCGGUGUACAUAUGCCCACCUUCAAAUCGGACGCCUCCAAAAUCACAUCCAAGGGCAUGGGCUUGAAGAAGGCCUAUAUGGGCAAGCAGAAUAACUUCACGGUGAACGCCACAGAUGCCGGCAACAACAUGCUCUUCGUAGGCAUGUACGGUCCGAAAGGUCCAUGCGAGGAAUUCAAUGUCAAGCACACCGGCCGCAACAAUUUCAACGUGAACUAUAUGGUGCGCGAUCGCGGUCAAUAUAUACUAAUAGUCAAAUGGGGCGAAGAACAUAUUCCCGGCUCCCCAUUCCAAAUCGAUGUCUAGGCUAGAUGAUCAAAGUGUUAAAGUGCCUUACGAACGGUGCAAUUAUCAUUAUUAUUAUUAUGAUUUUUUUUUAAUAGAAACAUAAAGCAGACGCACAAGUAAAACUGAAAAACAAAAACAACAACAUACCCUGCAGCGUUAGCGUGCAUAUAUGUAUGUAUUGUACGAGUACGUAGCAGUAAAGUCUAAAAGAAAUUUAUCAUUUACCCAUCAUAAAUACAUAGCAAAAAACAUUAUCAGCCGCUGGUAAAAGCGCAUGGGUUCGACGAAGUUUGUAGCACAAAUUCAAAUUUCAAAAAAGAAAUCUCAUUUCUAUAAAUUCUGUUUUUUGUUUUGUAUUUUCUUCGCGCUUUUGUAUUGCCUUUGGAAAUUAUUUCUAUUAAAGCAUACAUAUCUAUUUAUUAAGUUAACUGGAAUCUUCAAAAAGUCUAUGUAAAUAAAAUUCGGACAAUUCAUUAAUUAGACGAAUUAAAUCAUAAAAAAUAUAUAGUAAAAGAAAAAAUAACGAGAUAUUGCCAUUUUUGGAUAGCGAAUACAUUUUGUUGUUCCCAAAAAGAAAGUUAAAAAUAAAAAUAAAGUAAAAAAUCUUGCUGCUUUGUGAAAUUAAACGUAAUGAUUAUAAAUGUUACGUAACGUAUGUCCUAUUUCAUUGCUUAUUUAUAAUGAGAGUAAUUGUUUUUUAAGAUAAUAAUUUACAUAAAUGUUCGAGCUGAGUAAAUACUUUUUAUUAUCC